GUGAAUGUCUCAGGACUGCACUUCAGUCCCAAAUGGUCCCUGUUCCAGCAGCCAAGACCGCUGGCAUCUCCCUGCGCUGCCAGGCCUCGCACCCUCCAACCCUGCAGAUGGUCAAGGAGGCACUGCGGGCUCACGACGAGAAGAAGGGUGCCUCUGUCGUUGCCAUCAAGCGUUUUAUCCUGGCCAAGUACCCCACUGUGGACCCCAUCCGCCUCAAGUACCUGCUGAAGCGGGCGCUGAGCAAGGGGCUGAGCUGUGGGGACCUGGUGCGGCCCCACAACUCCUCUGCUGUGGGGGCCACUGGCACCUUCAAGCUAGCACGCAAGAAACCAGGGCACAAGCAGCAGCUGGGCCAGGCAGAUCCUGACAGAGGCCAGGCCCCAAAGCCAGGACAGAAAGGGAGCACCAAGGACCCCCAGGCCCCCGUGGCAGGAGCACGACCACGAGGUGUCACCAAGCAGCAGCCCAAGGUGAAGCCCGAGAAGGCCCAGCCACGAGCAGCAGAGAAGCCCAGGAGCAAUAGAACAAAGCAUCCCCAAAGUGCUGACCGGCCCCAGGCCCCCGGAAAAGGACGCUCAGGACCCAGCACAGCUCGGGCUGCUCAGAACGCAGGGGAGAGCGACAGCGACAGCUCUUCUAGUGCUGGGGCAGAGGCAAAGGCCCCCAGGGGAAAGGGCAAGGGGAAGGUGCCCAAGGGGGCACAGCAGGAGGGCGCCAAGGCACAGGGAGGUCACAACAAGGUGAAGAAACCCCGGGCGACUGCAGGAGCUGGGCAGGGGAAGGCCAGGGUGAAGAAGGCAGCCCCCGUGGCAGCAGACAGAAAGGCUCCUUAG